UACAACAAAUUAGCCCAAAGAGGACUGCAUCAUGGCUGAGUGAAAAACACCCAGAGAAGUGAACCCAUCUUUAAAGCAGAGGCUGGUCCAGGUCUACAGACAGACAGAGAGACAGACAGCGGAUACAGACAGACAGACAGCAGAGAUGAGUGAUGUGAGUGAAGAGUCGCUGCUGGAUUAUUUCUACUCCACCGGAGGCAGCUCAGGCAGAGUCAAAAAUGCAGAUAUACUCAAGACAUUUAAGCCCUUUAUUGGCCACAGUGACUUGCAGUUACGUGCUAAAUACAGAGAGGAAUUCAAGCUCAUCAUCGACCGAAUCGCUGUGGUGAAGUCAGAGAAUGGGGAGAAGUAUCUUGUCCUCAAGAAGAAAUACAGGCAAAUGCUGAAUGAGCGAGACACCAAACAUCUCGGGAUAGACGGGGACGUACAGAGAAGUUCGAGUCCUGCCAGAGCUCAGGCUACUGCACAGUGGGACACGACGGACGCCUCGACGACUUCUCCUCAACAGAAGGAACAACAGGAUGAGCCGAUGUCAUGUGGAGAGCCAGACGGUGCUGCAGAGGACCAGCACGCUGUACUGCAGCCUCCUGCCAUCCAAACACAGGAACCCUCGGCUCAAAGCAACGGGGACGAUGCGCUGGACAAAGACUCUGGGUCAAAGUCGGAGUCAGAACAAGACGAGGAGUCUACAGGCAGUAUGGGCUCUGCUGCUGUCGCUCUGGAUCCCAUAGAGAAGGAGUGGAUCUACUCGGCUGCAGGUGCUCGAGUCCCUGACCUCUCUCAGCUGCUCAGACAGGACCCCUCGCUGGCAAACAAGAAGGACUUCACCUCAUUUACAGCUCUGCACUGGGCCGCCAAACAUGGCAACGGGGACAUGGCUGCUCUGGUGGCGAACGCAGGCGCUGAUGUUAACACCAAAUCAGUGAGUGGAUACACACCUUUACACAUCGCAGCGUUACAUGGUCAUCGGCAUAUUCUAGACCUGCUCAUAGAGACAUAUGGAGCCAAAGAAAACUUAAGGGACUACAGCGGCCGUCUUGCCUUCCAUUAUCUGAACAUUAAGGAACCAGAGGGUCCAGAGGAAGACUGCGAGCUGCAGUUUCAAGUCACUCAGGCCAGAGAGCGAAACAGGAACAGGAAGUUGGCAUCGCUGUUUCAAUCCAAGAAGAAGUGGGGCUCAGCGGAGGACCUGGCUCCGAUAGAGGAGGAGAGGAUGGCGUCACAUCAGCUCACCCUUCCUGCGUUCAGACCCAGAAAAUUCUCCCGCUGAGAAGAAACAGACAGCGGGGACGAUUUCUGACUCUGCGAAGUCUCCUACGCUCACACACCCACUUAAUCCUCACACACACAGAUAUGUAUUUACACACCUAAUGUAAAUUUGAAACAUUGAAUAGAAGCUUUAACGUGUAUUAUCUAUAUUUAUGCUUACCACAAAAGUAUUUCUCAAAGCCUUUGAAUUUAAUGAAUGUUGCUAAAUGCUACUUCUGCCUUACGAUUUCAAACAAGCUCAGGCCACGUGGAUUCACUCAGCUCGUCAUCACCUCAGUUUGACUCUGCACAAGUGUCCAGAUGAUCCAUGUUCACUCUCAGUGAGGAGUUAAAGGACAAAUCUAAAACCAGACUGUAUUAAAAUAACCAGUUAGCCUUCAAAAGGAGCACACUGGUGGUUUGUAUGUUUUUGCCUUUUAAAAAUAAUUUGUAUUUAACACUACGCUGAACAUUUUCUAAAACUGAUUUACUGCCGUUGUUACACAGCUACUGAUUUAGAUUCAUGUCAGUAUAAUGAAUUAAUUAUUUUCUCAAUAACGCCAUUAACUAAGGGACUGUAGGGAAAUUACUGGUGUAGGGAGGGGGGCUGAACCAGUGAGGGACUUAAACAUAAAUGAACAUCUGUUACAUUCAAGCCUUUGCCAAACAAGUUCACACAAUGCUAAUUAAGCCUAUCGACAUCAGAGAAAGUUCUCUGUAUUUCUCAGAAUACCUGAGUUGUGUGUCUGUGGCGAUUUUCCUGCAGUUGCACACAACCGUCAAUCAGCUAGCGCGAAAGGGGGCAGGAAGGGGGGAAGACCACAGGGAUGGAGGAGCAGCCAGGAGUAUGGCAGAAAAUCCUAAGAAGCAUCCAAGAAAGGUUUCUGGCGUGAAUGCUCCAGAAUAAAACUUCAGCAUUCAGAGGUAGAAUUAAAGUAAAAUGGAACGCUCCUGGGUGCAGGAGGAGAUGCGGCGAGCUCAUCUGCAGGCACACGCCAUCAGCACGUGUCGACAGCGUUUGUCUAAGUUGUGCACUCCAGUUUUAAAACAAUAUUGGUUCAACUUGAUUCAUUAUUAAUAACUAAAAAAAGACAAAACAAAGAAUUUAAAAUGGAGUCACCAAACCUUAUCAUCCCUCCAUCAUUUAUCUGUGACUGCUUAUCCUGUUCAGGUUUGUGGUGCGGCUGGAGCCUAUCCCAGCUGACACUGGGCGAAAGGCGGGGUACACCCUGGACGUGUCGCCAGACUAUCACAGGGCCCAAACAUUACCAUUUAUUCAUAAUAUAUUGAGGUAUAAUCAUUUUUAUUAUUUUUGCAUUGGAUCUUUUUUCCCUCCAAGUAAUCUGCAAAUCUGAAAACUGUUAAAUAAAAAUAAAUCUCAAAAAAAUUCAAGACUACCUUUAAAAAAAACCUCCCUAAUUUCCCUAUCUAAUUAUUUUUGUACAGUCCCUAAUGGCAAUAAAAAUCUUGUUGACUUUUCAACAUGUGAGCAGGAAACUCAGCUAAAAUCUUAAUGCAACCCCAUCAUCACAUUUGUUUUCACUGUUUGAUUAUUUUUGUUUUGAGGGUUUUCUGCUUGUGAAUGCAGCACUGCUUCUCAGAGAAGUUCUAAUUCUCCAGUAUCAACAUUUUCAAACUGGACUGAAGUCGGCAGCCUUUUGGUAGGAAACAAAUUACUAUUAAAAGUUAAACAACGCUUUAUAAAAUGUUUGGCAGUAAAGUGUUAGUAACUGGUAGUUAAAGGGCUUAAACAUGUAAAAACAUCAGCGUGUUACUUUAAUCUGAGCCACAGACGUUUCAGAGUGCCAAAAGUAUCGUAGUUUUUCCCCCAUCACCAUAUCUAAUGUUCGUCAGUGCCAGUUCGAUGGUUUUGUCAGCCACAUUCAGUAUGGCCUCUACAUGUCCCUGCUUCCUGCCCUGUAUCAGGCUUUAAUGGCUGUUUUUCUGUCAUGAUGCAGUUUUGCAAUGCGUUUUUGUCAGUGGAUUGUUCUUUAAUUUGUUCACCUCCUGUAUUAAAGUGCCAUGUUAACGUUUGCAAAAUAUAUUUGCACUAUUAUGUUAAUCAGUGUCAUCUAGAUCAGUGGUUCCCAUUGGUUGCAUUACGUCAUUUGCACAAUAUUUAUAUAAUGAAGAUAUUUUGGUAAUAAACUGUAUUUUAUAUCAAA